AUGGACAGGCCGUGGAGGUUCAAGAAUAAAAACCCUACCCGUGGAGUUUUUGACGACGAGUUAGAUCGCCCUCGUGCUAAAUAUAGGACGAUAGAUAUGAACCCGAUUACCUUUCCCCCCCGAUUCCUAGAACCGAAACUAGAAAAUCCUGAGUAUAGAUCACUUUGUGUUAGUGGUGUGUCAAGCAAAGUUCCUGAUAGAAUUUUAAAAGACCAAAUGUAUAGAGAAUUUGAGAAGUAUGGAGAGAUGAAUGUGAACAUUACGUACAAUGCUGAUCAAAGAGUUGCUUACAUAAACUUUAAAUAUCCUGAAGAUGCCAGAGCAGCUAAACAUGAUAAAUAUGGAAAAUUAGUUGUAUUUGAUAGGCCUGUACGGAUAGAGUCUGUGUAUAAUAAAAUACGAAGUUCAAGUCCGCCACCACCAACUGCUGGUUAUCCUGAAAGAAAUCAUUUUCCAGGUGGAGGGCGUGGCUAUCAUCAUGACCCAAUUGGGAGGGGAUAUCCAGGUCCUCCUGUUCCACCACAUCCAGGGCCUGGUAGAGAUUUUCAUGGACCCCCUCCUCCAUUUCGUGAUUUUCACGGACCCCCAGAUCGUCCCUUUGGGGGCCCCCCAAGGGAAAGGGGUGAUUUCCUAAGAAUCUUUGGAAGUGGUAAUGUAACUAUAGUUGAUACUCUUAUGAGAGACCCAACCAGUACAGAAACACCAGCUUUGACUAUCAAACAGCGUCUAAGGCUUGAUCCUAGUAAAACUGAUGAUGUUCAGAAACGUGUAGUGCAGUCUGGUCCUAGAAAUCACUGUGUUUUGAUAGCAUUUCCAAGUACAUUGGACAAUUUUGAUGACCCUGGUAGAAACAUUCAACAGAGGCCAUUAAAGAAUCUUGUGUCAUAUCUUAAACAAAAAGAAGCGGCAGGUGUCAUCAGUUUGCCUCCAUACCCAACCAAGGAUAAAGAUAAUGUUGGCCUACUCCAUGCAUUUCCACCCUGUCAGUUUGGUUAUGAGUAUCUACUGCAGAGAGCUCCAAAAUUACCCGCAGAUUGCAUGCUUGAUGACUACAUUGUUGUUGUUGUAGUUCGUGGUGCAGCUUAGCUUUAUGAAUUUUAGAGGGAUUUUUUUUUUGGAUUUUAUUUUUUAUUUGAUUUGAGUAAAUUUAAAUACCAUUUACAUAAAUAUUGCCUAUGUAUCAUUGUAUGAAAUAAUGAAUUAACCAUCAUUACAUUAUGCAUUUUUGAAGAUAAACUGAAUCUUUAGUAAGGUCAUUUUACCAUUGUACUUCUUUUUUUAUCAUUUUUUUUUCUAUUGAAUUCAGAGGUUGAUUUAAGUCGAUUGUCUUACCUACAUUUUGGAAUAUUUUUUUUUUUACAAUGUAUAAAAUGCCUGUACCACAGGGCUAGAAUUUAACAUUUUCUUGCUCUACUUUGCAAAUUUUUGAUGGAACUUUUUAACUUGCAAAACCCAAAAUAAAUUUGCAUUUUUUUCAGCAACAUUUUUUAUUCACAUGUAUUACUGUAUUAUUAUAUUUUUGUCUUGACUGUUUAUUGUGCAUCAUCAAAAAUGAACACAUAACAUUUUUACUUUAUUUCAAUUUCAUAUUGUUAAAAAUUGAUAUCAAUUUAUGCAUACAAUAUAUUUACAUUUUUAUAUUUGCAAAAAUUUGUGAGUUUUAGAAAGAAAACUGAGUACAUGUACUAGAAUUUUACAUUUUUACUUGGUAUUUUGAAAGUUUGCAAGUGUUAAAUUCAACCCCUGUGACCAGAACUUAAUCAUUUUUGUAUAUCAUUUUUCACAUGGCAAAAUGUUCAUGUGGUUGUUAUGAUGUAUUACUAAUUUACCUAAAGAAAGCUCUGUUUUUAUCACGUGUUUACAUUUAAUUCUUUAUAAAACAAAAUCUUGGUGGGAAAACCGAAUCACUGUGUCAUUUAUUGUGAGUAUAAACAGGUAGAUAUGCAUAAUUAAUUGCAAGCACAUUUUGUUACUUAUGAUCACUGUAUGAUUUACUGCAAGCUGUCUUAAAUUAACUUUUUACUUAAACUUGUAUCAUUUCUUGUGAGCACAGGAAGAAGAUGCGUUUACAAUGUUGGAUUAUUUGAUUAAUUUGAUUUUUCCAUAUCUAUGUAAUUUGCGAUCUUCUUGGAAAAGAUGGCUUAUAGUUUAUUGAUGAGAAACUCAAUGAUAGGAAGUAAAGAAUCUGGUUGAUGAAUGUAGGGUACAUCAUUAUCAAUACAUCAUAUCAUAACUAUCAAUACAUUAUAAGUCAUAAGUUCAGGCUGCAUAAGUUUCUAAAGCCUCUGUAACCAUAUUGGUUACAUCUGGUCAAAUUUGUAAAUUAUAGGAUUCUUCGCAAAUUGAAACCUAUUAUUUCAAGUAUUGAAUUGAAGCUAGUCGAAAUGAAAACAAUGUGUAAUAGUCUAAGGCUAUAGUACUAUACUUAUUUUUUUUCUAAUUAUAUGAUUAGAUUAGAUUUCAAUCUGGCACUGUCCAUUUAUUUCACUUUGAUGUAUAUUUAUGACAGACCAGGACAUUUUAGGUGGAUACUUUGUGAAAUAUUUGUCCACUACCAAAUGUAGCCUGUUUGUUUAUUGUAUAUAUUAACUUAAGAUCUUCUUUUGAUUAUUGUUCGCUAAGCUCUUAGAAGGCUUGUAGUUCAUAGGUUGGCAUAGAUUAACUUUAUUAAUAAGAAGUAAGCUUUUGUUGAAUUAUUUGUAACAAAGCUUGAUUAUAUGGAACUUUUUCUCGUUGCAUGGUAAAGUGGAUAUAAUCUGAGGCUGAGCAGGGUGUUCACUAGCCAUGAAAUCCUGAGGGUCAUUUAGACAAAGUUUCACCAAUUAUAAGGCCAAAUCCCCAUGAUUUUAACAAAAUUUGACCCUCCAGUUAAAAUCCUGAGGGUCAAAUCAGGUCUUUAGGAAAUUUGAAGUCUCAAAGAGUCAUUUCAGGGGUCAAACGGACAUCUCCA